AAAAAAUUGAACAACAUUAAAAAAAUCUCAAGGAAGGAAAAAACUUUUUGUUUUUAUUUCAUUUAUUAAAGUAAAAAUUAAGAAAUCAAAAAAGAACAAAAUGGAGCAGCAGAUCAUCUCGCUCUGCUACCUCUUAUUUCUCCAAAUUGCAUUUAUAAACACAAAAUCACAAUUAUUUACGCUAAAAAAUAAUAAAAUCAUUAUGUUAUCACAAAAUGUUGACGAUUUUGAUGAUAUCUUUUACAUUAUCUCAACGACAGAGCCACAAUUUGGUAAUACAUGGACGAAAGAAAGUGAUAAUUUUGAUUUUACAAUUGGAAUUGAUGCAGAAAUCGAUUCGCACAACAGUGAUAACAGAACGUCAAUCCAUCAAAGACUUGAAAACAGCACAAAGCAACCAAAAGAUGAGCAGCAACCACAGCCAUAUGAGGUUCUCGAUUGUGGUAAAGCAGUAAAUUUUACCGUGUUUGAUGAGCUUGUGGGAAUAGCAAAUCGUAAGAAGCACAAGACAUUACCAGAGCCUGACGUACUAUUUACAUUUACGACAAAAGCAAAGAGUGGCAAGCUGAGGAAGAAUUUCGAUGUUGAUGCAUUGGAGUCUAAACUUAGGAAGGCAAAACGUGAUAAACCAAGAAGUGUGCAACUUUAUAACCAAAUUGGAAAUUUCCACAGAAUUAAAGGAGAUGCUCUGCUAUCGAUUGAGUGCUUUAGAAAGGCACUUUCUAUAAAUCCUACAAACAGUGAAGUGAUUUUGAAUCUUGCUCGGGUACUUUUUCAUCAAGGGUAUCUAGAAGAUGCAAUAUAUCUUACGCGGAGAUCCCUUGAGGUACAUUCCAGUGAUGCUCGUGCAACAUGGAGACAGUACUUUACUCUUGGUGAGAUUUUUAAAAAGUAUGGAAACAUACAAGAAUCAAUAUUGCAUCUCCGGCAUGCAUUAGAACUGUCUCCACAUCAUGAUAAGAUUCUGCAGGCACUCGAGGAUAUUGAGAAACUUCCUAUAUCCUCACUGCAUUUUUAUACAAUUCUCAUAAUAUUGCUUCUGGUCAUUUGCGUUUUAAUUGUGAUGAGAUAUUUAAAUCAGGAUGAGUUUCCUGGAAAUGAUACGGACAUAAAGCCACAGAAAGCACGGUGCUUUAAAAUUCGCGGUGCGAUGAGUAAAGUGCGGGUAAUAAGAAGAAAAUAAGCCAUUAAUUAUGUCUCUUGAUAUUGAAUGUGUGUAAAAUUUACUGAUGAUGAUUACAAUGAUGUGUAUUUUAGAAGUUUUUAAGGUAACAAGAAAUGCAUAGUUCUCUUCUAUCUCUUUAUCCCUAUUCUGUUUUCUUCAUUAUUGCCGAAAAAAAAGAUAAAUUUCUACUAUACUACUACUUUCCAUUACUAAAGUGA